CAAGGCACCUAUGGCCAUAAGAUCAGCAUACGCUCCCCCUUCUCUAGCUCCCUAUAAGUGCGACCACGACCAAUUUACUAAGAAUCAACCGUUUAUAGGAUGUCUCCACCAAACGAAACCAGUAAGCAAUCACCCGCCCAUCGCAGGUCGUCGCGGAAUAGUCGAAGCCGAAGCGCAUCACUACAAGCGCAGAAGCCACGGCAUCCUAUCCAUACCGACCACGAAUCAUCAGCUUUCUUCCAGGACUACGCAUUUGGUUUGGAUCUAUUGCGACCUUUGUUCCCAUCUUACUGUCCCCAGCCUCAGGCUUCCCGUGGGCCAGGUGCGAGCACAAUCUCGAGGGCUGUGAACACCAUGACAUUUCCACCAUCGAACGCUCCUCGCGAACCAAGAGCGAUGCGCCAAUCCAACCCCUUCCGUGGCGGCAGAAGAAAAUUGAGGGCCUGUCCAGAACUCCAAAUUGGCAACCCUCCGGAACCUCCGCAAAUUAAGUAUCAGCAGGCUAUGGCGUAUAUCGACGGUGUAGUGCGCAAGACGACAGGCACGGGAGCUGGACAGCAUAUACCCGGUCUAUCGCCGACACAGGGUCCUUUGAAAAUGCCCCCACCGUCUCCUAUAUUUCAAGAGUUGCAAUCUAAUAGGGAAGGUGGCUAUUUCUCGUUGAAGCCUGGACUGCGCGGUACGGAGGGACGGAAUAUUGCGCCGCUUCAUGAGGCUGCACAGGUGGAGCAGAACGCAUGCACACCUCAGCAAAGUUCGCAAGACCAAGACAGUCUGCCAGCCUCGUCAAGUGAGCACGAGCUUGUCGAGGCUAUGCAAGGGCUCCAUCUGUUUGGUAAUUUGCGGUCGACACCUCAUCGUUCAGCAGUGCGAACUCCUGAUGUUGCUAAAAACCUAAUCGAAGAUGCAGGGCUAUUGAGUUCUGCUCGUAGGGGCGCUGAAGUUGCCCAAGCGGCGCUCUCUGAGCCUGCAAGAGAGAUCAACGCUAGCAAUCCGUCGUCUCCCGAUGAGGCUGUAGAUGAUGUCCGGGUUACCACGGAGCACAUUCCUCACGAGGGUCCCAUCUCGCAUGAACACGCGGAGCCCUCUGCUGAGCUGGGUACGCUACAGACUGCCGAAAACCUUCCAGUCCCGCCGCCUGCACUUCCUUUCGCUCCGCCACAUUCACCUGCACGAUCGACGGUAACUCAUGAAGAUGUUUCCAUAAAGCCCGAACUGCAGAUUGCGCCAACAAUAGACUCAGGAAUCGGAACAACAAACAGUGAAAAACACAGUUUUGAGGACAUUCCUCUCGACAGCCCAACGCCAAGCAGUCCCAAAAACAGUCACAAUCCGUCCGUUGAAUCUGCAGACUCGGAUGAUGACUUUGAGGUCGUUGACACGGACAAGUACCAGACGCUACGGAAUGGUCGAGCUCGUCAUCACUUCCAAAUCCUGGCCCACCAGCGCAAGCCCUUCGGCAAGCACACAAUGGGCUUCUGGACCACCGCCAAAUGGGUCUUCACCACCGCCCUCGACCACAUCGAAGAGCGCCCCACCGCAAAACAAUACAAAUUGCACCCGGACAGCGCAUACCUUGGCAACAAGUACUACCCUCAAGAGACGCAAGUCCUGCCCAUCUCCACGCGCUCCAUCCCAUCGGCUGAGCCACCAACAUCGACAUCUCCACCCUCAUCCCUCACUGCCCUCGCUCCCGCGAGAAACCCAGGCUCACAGUCCGGCAUCAUGCAGCCCCACGUUCACAUUGGGACGAAGGCUGUGCAGACGCCGAUGCGACUACCGGAGGCAAAGUAUACCGUGUUGAGGCAAGGGGAUCUGGUGGAUGAUGAUCGUAUUGAUAGGGUGGUAGGUCGGGAGAGGGAUAUGUAUUGGGUUGUGAAGGGGGCGGUGGUGUUGAUGGUUAGGGAGCGAUCGGAGGCGGAGGCAGAAGCGCGGAUGGUGUCGGUGAGAAAACUGCAGCAGAAAGAAAAGACGCAGGAGGUGGGUGGGGCUGUAGAGGGUACGGGGAGUGGUGAUAGGAAUCCGCUGCGGAGUCCGAGUGUUGAAGAUUUCUUCGCGGACACCUUCGACGCCGGACAGCACGCACCCGUCGACACGCUCCCGCCGAAUCCCCUCGACAAAGUCUUCGGUGCUUCUCAGCCGCUCAACCCACUCGAUACCAUCCCCUGGAGCGAAAUGGUUGUCGUCUUCCGACGUGACACGAAGGAGCUAUUCGUGCGCAGGCUGGACGGCAAGCUGUAUCCUGUGAUUUGGAAGGUGCUUGCGAUCCAUUCCCGUCGGGAAGAGGUGGUUGAUGAUAGCCCGCGGGUGGUAAACGGACUCAAAUUCACGAGCGUGGAAGGGGAGAUUGACGCGGAGGACUAUGUGAAUGUGGAUCUUGUUUGA